AUGAAUCAUCUACGGGCAGCAAUAACCAGACACCAUCGACUGUGUGCCGUAACCGUCGGACGUCGUGUGCUGCAACGGGCGGCCGGAACCAAUUUCCCAACGGUUCUACCACAGUUUCCCGCUUCCCUUGCCACCCGGUUACUUUCGCAGUCGGUACGCCUUUGCCAAACGGUACCACAGGCCGCCAAGAAUGCCACCUCACCACCCAUCGAUCGCCAACCGGUCACCGGCAAACAAACUAAAGACAGUGCCACCAUCAUCGAGGAGCUGCGUUCCGAUGCGAUCGUGUACCGGCGGGUGCAGCUGGAAAAGUUAAAUCAACUACUCGCCAAACCGUACGAAAUCCCUGCCGAUGCGUAUGAGUUCCUGCUGCAGUGCUGCGGUACGCUGCUAUGCUCGGAAACACUCGAGACGCGGAUGCGGGUAUUCGAACAGUUUUGGUUCUACCUCGGUGAACCGCGGCUCGUCCACUGGAAGAUCCUGCUGCAGGUGUACCGGGAAAACGAGCGAACGAUCGACGAUGUGCCGGCACUGCUCGACAGUAUGGGCCCGAUCGAGAAGGAUGCCGAACUUUACCAGGCGCUGCUGGCAGCGCUGGCCGAAAAGGGUGACAUCGCCGAAAUGAAGCUGGUGCGCGAUAUGAUGAAGGAGCUUAAAAUUCCAUUGACGAUCGAGCUGAUCAAUCUGAUGAUCCGCGGGAACGGUCGGGCUGGCGAUCUCGAUGGUGUGCAGAUGGUGCUGGAAACUAUGAGUGCCGCGAACAUGUCGGCCAACGGCGAAACGUACGGCGAGCUGAUGAUAGCGUUCCUGCAGGACGGCAUGGCCGAUCGGGUGUUGAAGAUGCUGCGCGAAAAAGGCUCCCAGUUGAACGAGAAACACAUCCUGGAGCUGCUCAGCUUGGCGGUGGAGAAGACAAACGUCGAGAUGGUUCGGGUGUUGCUGAAACUCCUACCGGAGGAAAUUGCCAGCGAAAGUAAGAUUCAUCCGGUGCUGAGAAACGUCCUCAGUGGGCUCGUGCAUACUGGUCACUACGAUGGUCUUCUGAUGCUACUGGAAGAACUUCCGGCGCCACAGUUUCUGGCGAAUGAAAACACGGACGGAUAUGCGACCUUCCUUAUGGUGGACAUGCUGCGUCACAAUGCACCCUUCGAGCGGUUGAACAAACUACUAGCAAUGCUUAUUCGUACCGAAAGGAAUCUAAGGGCGUACCAUGUGGCCUGCGAGUGUGCGGCCAAGGCAGCCCAUCCAUCCUUUUCGCGCCUUCUGGCCGCCCUGGCACCGCUCGAAGCCUUACGGCCACACUACUUCUGGCCACUGUUCCUACAGCGCUCGCAAUCCGACGGCGAGGCAGGAAUUUUGGGUGUGCUGAAGUUGAUGCAAAAGCUAAAGGUUGAACCGGACGAAGAAACGAUCACACUCUACGUGCUACCCAAACUCUCCGUGACGCUCAAGGACUCCCGGACGGCACUGAAGAUCCUCGAAGACUGUGGAGUUCGCACGGCCGUCCUGAUGACGCCAUACGUUUCGCACCUUCUCUACCAGAACCGCUUCGACGAUGUGCUAACGAUCGUUCGCCGGUACCCGACCAAGCUCGACACAGAAACGCUCCUGUGGCCGUUGAUACUGCAGGCGAACGUUAAUCGAUCGGCGGCCCACCAGCGAAAACUUUGCGAGCUCAUUCGGGCGCUCAAGGAUAAGGCGGCCGAUCCGCGGCAUGAUCUCGCCGGCCAGCUCGUGCUGGAGGUGAUAAGCAAUAAAAAGUCCAAACACGACACCAACAGUCUCCGCUCGCUGCUGAAUGAGUACGAGAAAUUCGAAAUCCGGCUCUCGCGGAUGGCCGCAGGUGUGUUGAAGAAUCAUUUCGCCCGGGUUCCUCCAGGAACGGCUGUGGUUGGUAAACCCGCCACCUCCGAGUCGAUCGAUAGCUUACUCAAGAAGCUCACGGACGAACAGCUAACGAUCCUCUCGAAGGAACUAUUCGAUACGAUCAGUGUGCACCCGCGGGACAUGAACUACGACGAGCUCGAGUGCCAUCUGGUGGAGCUUGAGCAGAAGAAGCUAAACACGCGCGGUGUUCUAAGGCGACUGUUGCAGCUUUGUGUGCGAGAAGGUCGCCACAAACGUGCCCUGGAGUUGAAGCAACGGUGCGACCAAGCAAAGGUGGAGCAGAGCUCCGGCAUGCUGGCCUCGCUUGUCGAGCUGUACACGAAGGUGGGCGAUCCGGAGCAGGCCGGUCGUACGCUGGAGCAGCUGAAGAAACAGUUCCCCGGUUUCAUCGUGGACGAUCACAAGAUCAUCGAUUACGCCGCACUGCUGAUCGAGCGUGGUCAGCUCGAUGGGGCGAAAAAGGUACUCCGAGAACGGGCGACAUCCGGAGGGAAACUGCGCGGAGCCGACGGUGGCACUACCGGCAAAAACCUUUGGAACCUCCUCACGAACACGGCCCAGUGGGCAGCCAAGGAACGUCGGAAACAACCGUCGUCAACAGCAGCUGUUGCAUCACCAAACACCACCCAGAAAAUGUUGGAUUUUCUCGUCGAGCUCGGCUACUGCACGUACGACAAUACGCUGCUCGGACCGGUCCUGAGGGAGUACCUGCUGGCCGGUCAGCAACGGGCCGCCAUCGAAGAGUUCCAGCGCAUAGCGAAGGAAAAACGUCGUACGCCACUGCAGCUGGAAAUAAUCACGCUCCUGGUGCGACUAACCAAUGGCACCGAACCGGACAUUCCCAGCGAGGACGCCAAAGCACUGCUCAGCGAAACCAUCCAACUGGUGUCGCAAAUUCACGGUUCGGUCAACACGAACAACACGCUUAUCGUAGCCCUGGCGGAGGCCGGCACCGAGGCUCAACUGCGCCGGAUGUUGAUUAAUCCGGAGGUGCGCAUCAACCACGAGUACAUUCUGACGCAGUGCGAGUUUCUCGUGAACAGUGGCAAGCUGGAUGUGGUGCUGCGGUUGGCCAAGUGCAGCAAGGGGUUGGCGAAUGUGCGCGAGAAUGACUUCCUGCAGCUCGUGCUGGCGCAGUACGUGCGCGAAAACAACUGCGAGGCGGCGGUACAGCUCUUCCAGCGGCUGCUCAACGACGAGGACGAGCUGAAGAUUACCACGGACUUUGCCCGCAAGCUGUCCGAUUUGCUGGAGGCCAACAACUACGAGAUACCGGCGAACUUGCAGAUGUACCUUAAAUGACCAAGAGAAACCGGCGGACGUACUUGUCGUAGGGAACUAGUCUUCUUCUAACAGCAGAAAAGCAGUGUAUAUAAAUUAAGGAAAUGGAAACAGAGUGGGCCAUGUGUUUCCAUAACAUCUUAGCAUAUUGAUAAGUCAAAUACAACCAAUUAGAGCCGACGGUGUGAAUAAAAUGACUCGAUUU